CAUUCAAUUUUACCGUCUAGCGAUAGUUGGUGGUGUGAUGGACCGACCCACCGAUCGCGUAAACGUAAUCACCGCCACAAUACACACCUUGGGGGUACGUAUUGGCGGCGGAAGGUGGCUGCGUGUAGGAGGAUCGCCACUUCCAUGUCCCAGGAGGCUGCAUAGACCUACCUCGUGGAAGCUCAGUCGCCCAGUGACGUUGCAGCGGUAGCACGGAAGGGCUGGGUGGUUUACCGUGAAUCAGUUACUAUUUUUCAAUUAUAUUUUCAUUCAUUUGUUGACUCUGUUAUUUCGAAAGAUAAAGAGAAAUAAUGUCCCGAAGUGGGUUCGUAUAAGUGGACGUUAGCUUGGCUACUGCAGUGAGCACGAGUAAGUCAACGCGAGGAAGUCGAUACUUUGUUCCGUGCCGGGUUCCAACACUUUAAAGUGCUGCUGCAGUGUAACCCGGAACGCGCGGUAGUGGAAUCGAGUUUUGUUGAUCGCGUCUGAUCGGAUUCACGUCCGAUCGGUGUUUCCGACGAACCGUAGAAGAAUGAGGAUAUUUGUGAUAGUUUUGUGCGUACUGUUAGUUCUAAUGUGCUGUGUCCAAGCUAGUAAUCGAGACGACUACAACAAGAUCAACUAUGAGGUUUACGUAACACCAGUGAUGUCACAGCACGCAAAGCUACGCGCCAGGAAUCCGCUGCUAUCCUGGUUGGCCAACGUGCUGACGUUCGGCGGUGGGCAGCCGGAGGACCCGCAGCUGAGCAAACCGGAGGCCAACUGUCCAAAGUGCACAUGCGGCGUCUCGCUGGUCACCUCCCGCAUCGUCGGUGGCAUCAAAGCGGACAUCAACGAGUUCCCUUGGAUGGCCAUGCUCCUGUACCGGGGUACGUUUUAUUGUGGCGGAUCGCUCAUCAGCGAUCGGUACGUGCUGACGGCGGCGCACUGUGUGCUCAAUUUCAAACCUAACCAAAUCACGGUCAAAGUGUUUGAUCCGAAGAAAUCGGCAAUGGUGCCCAGGGCGGUGGAGAAACUGUACGGAAAUGAACGAUUUAGUCUGGAUACCUUCAACAACGAUAUCGCGCUGGUGAAACUUCAGAGCGCGCUGGAUGUGAAGGACCAGUUUGUGACGGUUUGCUUACCGACACCGGGUAAGAACUUUGGUGGUUUGGAAGGCAUGGUGACUGGUUGGGGGAAACUAUCCAAUGGAAGCUUGUCUCAUACGCUACAGCAGGUCAAAGUGCCCAUAAUGACCAAUCAGCAGUGUAAGAAAAGUGCAUAUCGAGCUUCCAGAAUCACAGACAAUAUGAUGUGUGCCGGUUACUCGGACGGCGGCCGCGAUGCAUGCCAGGGAGACAGUGGCGGACCGUUACAGGUGGGAGAUGCGAGUGAGCGGGAGAUUGUCGGUAUCGUCUCGUGGGGUGAGGGCUGCGCCAAGCCAAACUAUCCAGGGGUCUACACUCGGGUGAACCGAUAUCUGCAGUGGAUCAAAAACAACGCGAAAGAUGGCUGCCUUUGUGAUCCGCCAGCGUCCUCGAUCGAUGGAAAGACUGGUCACUGUGAUUCAUUGCCACAGAAUUUGUUACCGCUGGUAGCUUUCGGAUCGUGUUCCAUUAUGGUUUCUGUAGGAGAUAAAACUAAUGCAUCGCUUGAGGAGGCAAAUGGCGCGUUUGAGAUGCGACCGGGCAAAGAUUGGAACGUUUGGAAGGCCCCAUUGGUGAAUCGUGGUGUGUGGACCUGGAUUACAACCAUGUUUGGUCUUCCGAUUGCAAGCGUGUUUGCAUACCGAGCAGAAGCUCGUAACUGUCAAGAGUGCACAUGUGGUGUCAAUGCCAAUACUUCCCGCAUCAUCGGUGGCAAGGAAGCUCCGGAACAUAAAUACCCAUGGAUGGUGGCCCUAUACUACAAGAAUAAAUUUAUCUGUGGUGGAUCGCUAAUCAACGAAUUGUACGUACUAACGGCGGCUCACUGUGUUUUCAAUACUGAUCGGAAUUUGUUUUCGAUAAAAUUUCUCCUACACGAUCGUCGCAUUCCUGGGCCGGAAUCAUUCGAACGACGAGUCUCGUACAUUAUGACAAACUGGUUCCUGAAUGCUUUGGUGUUUAUUACAAAUGAUGUUGCACUAUUGAAGCUUAACGAAACAGUUCAACUGGGCGACUUUUUAUACCCGGUUUGUUUACCUCCGGAGGGACCUACGUAUGCUGGUUACGAUGCCAUCGUAACUGGUUGGGGAAAACUGGCGGACGGCUCGUUUCCGCGGAAGCUACAGGAACUUACCGUUCCAAUUUUAUCCUACGAAGAUUGCAGGAACCAGAGUGGUUAUUACGGCUUCCAGAUCAAUGAUCAUAUGCUGUGUGCGGGUGUUCCCGAAGGUGGCAAGGACUCAUGCCAGGGUGACAGUGGAGGACCACUACAUGUGGUGGAUUCAGCUUCGGGCAAAUACAUCAUCGCUGGUGUCGUUUCCUAUGGGUUCGGUUGUGCGCGGCCCAGAUAUCCGGGAAUUUAUGCACGAGUCAAUAGGUUUCUUUCUUGGAUUAAAUUCAACACACGAGACGCUUGCCAGUGCGGCUGAUGAUGUGAAACUGUACACAGCUUGAUCGAGUGGAAUUUGAAUAAAUAAACAAUUGAUAUCGACGCCACUGUGGAUGAUCAAAGAGAAACAGGGGCGUGGCGACCUUCGAAAUUUACUUUGCAUUCCCUGCGUAUUCUGAACACUUCAACGUGUGGAUGUCAAAUGCAAAUGGCUGUAUGGACAGAGUGCUUCGUUCAAGUUCAAUGCUGUUACAGGCGAGUGCCUUGUAGAGGAUAUGAACCUAGUGUUACUAGGAACGAUGUCUUCUCGGUGCGACCUGAGCUGUAAUGUAUUCAUAAUUAAGGUCAUUGGUAUUUACUUUUGAAUGAUUGGUACGCGAUAAGAUAAACGUAGGUAAUGCAGGCUGAAAUGUAUUGUUUAAUAGAAUGAAAGCAUCAAAUGUGCAUGUUUACUUUAUUUUAUUGUUGGAAGGCGGCGACUGGUGCUAAUUAGUGACAACAAUUACAGAUCUUAGUCUUUGAUUUUUGAAAAUACCUUGCUUAUGAUGAGUUUUUGAAUUCAAUAUAUCUUCACCUAAUUCGUCUUUGGUCACACCUCUCUUAGAAUAUACUUUCCGAUCGUUUUCAUGUGUUUCUUCGUAGGUAAUUAUAGUGUAAGGUUUGUACUUACCUUCGCGGACUUUAACUGCGGUCGAAAUGUUCCCGAAAAUCGAAGUAUUACAUUACGGACGAAAAAUAUUGUGUAUUUAUAUUCGACGAUUUCUUGUAUUACUGUAAGU